CUUGCGGGGGGGAGAGUAACGUCGGGCCGGGUCAGCGGGCGCUGCAGUAGUCGCCGCAGCGGCUAUGGGAGCGGUGGGGACGAGGCGGCGGCGGCGGCGGCAGGAGGAGGUGCAGGGGCUGGCACGAGAGCAGCGGCCCGGGGAGGCCCGCAGCAACACCCGCAGCCGCCGCCGCCGCCUUUAGACGCGGACGGCACCCGAGGGGACCGCCGGCCGUCUAAGCCGCGCUCGGGUCCCGCCGCAGUGGGCGGCGGGGGAUGGGCAGGCGGCGGCGGGCCAGCCUGCUGAGCAGUGACUCCCGCCCGUGCGGACCCUGAGCUGAACCCUAGUCCUCCGCCGGAGAUCCUGCGUCCGCCGCGGCCCAGAAUUGUAAAACCAGUAAGAGCAAGUGCCUAUUGAAAGAAACUCACUCUUGGCUAAGAAGAGAAGUAGGAACUAGAUUAAAUGGAAGCCACCCUUGGGAGCUAGAUGCCUGUGUAGCUGUUUUACCACAUCAGUGUUUGGCAAUGAGUGGGGGAGGAGAGCAGCCAGACAUCCUCAGUGUUGGAAUCUUGGUCAAAGAAAGAUGGAAAGUGUUAAGAAAGAUUGGGGGUGGGGGCUUUGGAGAAAUUUACGAUGCCUUGGACAUGCUCACCAGGGAAAAUGUGGCACUGAAGGUGGAGUCGGCUCAGCAGCCAAAGCAAGUUCUGAAGAUGGAGGUCGCUGUGCUGAAGAAACUGCAAGGGAAAGACCAUGUUUGUAGAUUUAUUGGCUGUGGGAGAAACGAUCGUUUCAACUAUGUGGUCAUGCAAUUGCAGGGUCGGAAUCUGGCAGAUCUUCGACGGAGCCAGUCCCGGGGCACAUUCACCAUUAGCACUACUCUUCGGCUCGGGAGACAGAUUCUGGAGUCUAUUGAAAGCAUCCAUUCUGUGGGAUUCCUUCACAGAGACAUCAAACCGUCAAACUUCGCAAUGGGACGCUUUCCAAGUACAUGCAGGAAAUGUUUCAUGCUUGAUUUUGGCUUGGCCCGACAAUUUACAAAUUCCUGUGGUGACGUCAGACCACCUCGUGCUGUGGCAGGCUUUCGAGGGACAGUUCGUUAUGCAUCCAUCAAUGCUCAUCGGAACAGGGAAAUGGGAAGACACGAUGACCUUUGGUCCUUAUUCUACAUGUUGGUAGAGUUUGUGGUUGGUCAACUGCCUUGGAGAAAAAUAAAGGACAAGGAGCAAGUGGGUUCCAUUAAGGAGAGGUAUGACCAUAGGCUCAUGUUGAAACACCUCCCUCCUGAAUUCAGCACCUUUCUUGACCAUAUUUCCUCUUUGGAUUAUUUUACAAAACCAGACUACCAGCUUCUUGCAUCCGUGUUUGACAAUGGCAUCAAGACCUUUGGAGUGAUUGAGAGUGACCCUUUUGACUGGGAGAAGAGUGGGACGGACGGCUCCCUAACCACCACCACCACCUCUGCCACCCCUCAGCUGCACACCCGCUUGACCCCUGCUGCAAUUGGAAUUGCAAAUGCCACUCCUAUCCCAGGAGACUUGCUCCGAGAAAAUACAGAUGAAGUGUUUCCAGAUGAACAGCUUAGUGAUGGGGAGAAUGGUAUCCCUGUUGGUGUAUCACCAGAUAAAUUGCCUGGAUCUCUGGGGCACAUUCGCCCUCAGGAAAAGGAUGUCUGGGAAGAGAUGGAUAUCAACAAGAACAAGAUAAAGCUUGGAAUUUGUAAGGCUGCUACUGAAGAAGAAAAUAGCCAUGGUCAAGUAAAUGGCAUUCUCAAUGCUCCAAGCCUGGGCUCACCAAUUCGUGUCCGAUCAGAGAUUACUCAGCCAGACAGGGAUGUUCCCUUAGUAAGGAAGUUACGUUCGAUUCAUAGCUUUGAGCUAGAAAAACGUCUGACACUAGAGCCAAAGCCAGAUACUGACAAGUUUCUUGAGACCUGCAUGGAGAAAAUGCAGAAAGAUUCCAGUGCAGGAAAGGAAUCUGUUCUCCCUGCUCUGCCUCAUAAGCCUUGUGUUCCUGUUGUGUCCCGCACUGACCACAUCUGGCACUAUGAUGAAGAAUACCUUCCUGAUGCCUCCAAGCCUGCCUCUGCCAACACUCCAGAGCAGGCAGAUGGUGGCGGCAGCAAUGGAUUUAUAGCGGUUAACUUAAGCUCUUGCAAGCAGGAGGUUGAUUCCAAAGAAUGGGUGAUUGUGGACAAAGAGCAAGACCUUCAGGAUUUUAGGACAAAUGAGGUGUUAGGCCAUAAAACAACUGGAAGCCCUUCAGAUGAGGAGCCUGAAGUGCUUCAGGUCCUUGAAGGGUCAGCUCAAGAUGAAAAGAUCCAAGUAGGUCCUUGGACCAACAACCAUCACUUACAGGAAACCUCAGGUGUGGUCUUAGCGCUUUCUGCAGAAUGCCCUGCCACUGCUGCUUCAGAACAGUACCCAGACAGGCUAGACCUCCAGGCUGGAGCUGCUAGUCAGUUCAUCACAGUGACUCCCACAAGUCCAAUGGAGGCGCAAGCAGAAGGCCCCCUGACUGCGAUUACAAUUCCUAGACCUUCUGCGGCAUCAACACAGUCAACUUCAGGAAGCUUUCACUAUGGUCCGCAACCAGAGAAGAAAGAUCUUCAGCCCUUGGAACCCACUGUGGAACUUUAUUCUCCCAGAGAAAACUUCUCCUGCUUGGUUGCAACAGAGGGCGAACUUCCUAGUGGAGGAAGCAGAACGGAUUUGGGACUUCAGAUAGAUCAUACUGGUCAUGACAUGUUACCCAAUAUGAAAGACGGGGAUACAUCUCAAGACUUGGGACCAAAAGACUUUCCUGACCAUAAUAGAUUAGUUAUGAAAGAAUUUGAAAAUCUUCCUGGAGAAACAGAGGAAAAAGGCAUUCUUCUGGGCUCAGAUAAUGAAGAUGAGAAGUUAAGUAAAGGGCAGCAUUGUGUUGAAAUCUCUUUCCCAGGAGAUUUAGUAACUGCAGAAAGAGAUCAGUCAGCUACCACCGAACCUCUUGAUAUAUCAAAGACACAGAAUUUUAGUGUGGUGCCAAAUCAGGACAAAAACCAUGAGAUACUGAAGCUUUUGACAACUGGAACUUCAGAAAUUUCUCAACAAGUCAUUGACCCACCUGCUGAAGGGCAGAUUGGCCAGGUGGCGGUACCGCAAACGAAGCUCUUUAAGGAUGCGGACAUGAAGAGUGAAGACUUGCCAGGACAGCAGGGAGACCUCUCUACUUUUUUGCACCAAGAGGGAAAGAGAGAGAAAGUUGUCCCUAGAAAUGGAGAGCUAUAUCAUUGUGUCUCAGAGAAUGAACAUGGUCCUCCCACCCGGAAGGACAUACUUCGGUCAUCCUUUGUAACCAGGCACAGCCGGAUCCCUGUUUUAGCACAAGAAAUAGAUUCAACUUUUGAAUCAUCUUCUGCAGUCUCUGCAAAAGAAAAGCUUCUACAGAAGAAAGCCUAUCAGCCAGAACUAGUCAAACUUCUGGUAGAAAAAAGGCAGUUCAACUCUUUCCUGGGGGACCUCUCAAGUGCCUCUGAUAAGCUGAUAGAGGAGAAAUUAGCCGCUGCUCCUGUUCCCUUUUCUGAGGAAGAAGUCUUCACUCCCUUUUCCAGACUGGCAGUAGAUUCCCACCUGAGUAGAUCAGCUGAAGAUGGCUUUCUGACACCCAUCAUCUCCCAGUCUAGAAAGAGCAAGAUUCCAAGGCCAGUUUCCUGGGUCAGCACGGAUCAAGUUAAUAGCUCAGCUUCACCUCAGUUCUUGCCUCGGCCACCACCAGGAAAGCCACCAAUCAGGCCUGGAGUAGAAGCCAGGCUACGCAGAUAUAAAGUUCUAGGGAGUAGUAACUCUGACUCAGACCUUUUCUCUCGCCUGGCCCAAAUUCUUCAAAAUGGAUCUCAGAAACCCCGGAGUACUCCUCAAUCCAAGAGCCCAGGAUCUCCUCACAAUCCAAAAACACCACCCAAGAGUCCAGUUGUACCUCGCAGGAGUCCCAGUGCCUCUCCUCGAAGCUCAUCCUUGCCCCGAACAUCUAGUUCCUCACCAUCUAGGGCUGGACGGCCCCACCAUGAGCAGAGGAGUUCGUCCCCACAUCUGGGGAGAAGCAAGUCACCCCCCAGCCACUCAGGAUCAUCGUCGUCCAGGAGGUCCUGCCAACAGGAGCAUUGCAAACCCAGCAAGAAUGGCCUCAAAGGAUCUGGCAGCCUCCACCACCACUCAGCCAGCUCCAAAACUCCCCCAGGGAAGAGUAAGCCAGCCAGUAAACUCAGCAGAUAGGAAGCAAGCGGGCUGCAUCUCUGGGAAAGGUGUGAGAUCUUCCUCCUAGACCUGAUGCAUGUGUGUCUCUGUACUGUCUGUUUCAAACAAUCAGUGUUGAUCUUCUCUUGAAAAAGAAAGUAACAUGAUCGGUUAUUUAUAAGAAGACAUAACUAUAUACUAAGGAAUUACCUAGGGCAGGUAGGAAGCGGAUCAGGAAUCAAAUGCUUCAGUUCAUCAAAAUCCAAGGAGAAGAAACUCAUUAAAUGAGCUCUUGCUUAUAGCUGCCUUCAAAACAGAAAGUUGAGGAUAGGAAAUAGAAUGGGAUUUUAAGUGAUUUUGCCUAAUUUGUUAAUCCUCUACUCAAAGAGUAUAGCAAAAGUGUUUGAUAUUUUUAUUUACAACUUCUUAACCUUGGAGAGUCAUUGUGCAGACAUUCAAAUAUAUAAGAAGCCUGUUGCCAGGAAACUAGUACUUGGGUAUAUUUGGUUUGUGUGCUUAUUUAAUGAAUCCACACCUUUCUUUCCACUCAUUCUGAGUAUCUUUCCUAGGUUUGACAUUUUUUAAAAUUAAUAUUUCUUACCUCUUAUUUUAACAAUGCACCUUAAUAAGGGUUUCAGUAGCACACACUAACACUUUAAAAUCCACUUGCCCUUAUUUAGUCAAACCUUGUUAGUUUCUUUUGAGCCACAGUUUUUAACGCGUAUAUUUUUAAUCUCAAAAAGGAAAGAAAUGUCCAGCUAGAGCUGUUUGGGGCAGGUGUGUUUGGAGAGGGACAGAGAGUGGGACAAUGUCUUUAAAGGUAGAAGCACGCCUCGUACCUGACUCCAUUUCGUCUGUGUAGGAGACUGACCAGAGGAGACAGCUUCCUUUAUGUCCUCCCUGCGUUCUCUAGGGUCAGCCUUCAAGAUGGUGCUGGGAAAGCACACAACUUUGGAAUGUGGCUUAUGCUUUUAGAGAUUUAGAAAGAAAUUAAGUAUGCUAUUGAGGCUUAUAACCUUCAGAAUUUGCAUUUUAUAUAUUUAGCCAUAUACAUUUAGCCAAUAAGGAAUGAAUAUCUGGGGGAAUAAAUUUAGGCUAAAUAGUUUUCUUUCAGUGUUUUUAUCAUUUGGUUCUUGUGUUGUUUAUGCUUCAGCUUCUUAGCCUGAUCUCCACAUAAUCUCAAUUUAUAAAGUUGUAAGGAUGAUGACAUUUGUUCUGUUCUCACUCUCGUUCUAGUAAAAAUCAGGCAAAUUAAAGAAUGCCAGACUUUUUAAAUGGGCUCUUUGACGCCCUGUGAGUGUUUAGUAUGAUAAAACCUUAUUGAGGUCAGGGAAACUGAUCUGCCUGCUGUUGAAAUCUGCCUUCUAACAAACAUCUCCUUUCUCUUUGACCUGUGUUGCUGCCAAACCUAAAACAGUUGAAUUUGAGGUAGGGUGGGUGGAGAAGGAAAUGUAUUUCUUCACUAAGCGAGCAUAUUCCAGGGCUGCACCCCAGCUGCGCUAUUGCUGCACUGUUUCCUGUGUGAGCAUUCUCAAAAUCGGGACACUACACUGAGACAUAGGUCUCCCAUGAGAAAUGGAGCAUAGUGUGGAAUCCAUUUCUUCCCAGGUUCAAGCAUUUCAGAGCAGUGCAGCAGAAAGGCACACCUACUGUUUGUCCAUUAGAGCUGCUGCGGUACUGGAGACUGACCCUGUGUAUUAUACUGUAGAACAGCUGCUGCAAUUUAACUUGCAUGUCUUUCAUGGUAAAUGAUAUCAAUAUUUAUAAAUAUAGAGGCAUAUGCUUAUAUAAAUCCAUUCUUUCUCAUUCUGCAUUUGUAAUUUCAAGAUCCUAGAGGACGAAAUUCCUUUUCUAGUGUGUGCCUUGUGUACACUUGGGCACUGCCUAUCUUCAUUUUCUGAAAAUAUGUUCUGGGCAUGUGACACCGAAGAUUCUUCUUGCCUUCCAGGUGCAUAGUGCAACAGUUGGCGGUCUUUAGCAAGCCAAGGUAUAAGAUACUUAAUUUUCAUUUAAAAAGUAUUUUAAUAGGUGAAAUUUUAAACAGGAUAUGCUUGUAAUACAGGCUCAAAGAUUACUCAUGUUAGCCCCAUAGUUCUGUCGUUACGGUUAGAGUACAUCGAUGGGCAUUAUAAUUAUGGAUCUGGCACCAGUUGAUUUUUAAAACAUUUCCUGAAAGUUGCCUCUUUCAUGUCACUCUUGAAUGGCAGUGAGGAUGUAGGAUAAUUAAGAAAUUAUCUUUCUUCUGUUUCAUAAGCUAAAUGAUGCUAAAAGUAGCCAGCUUUAAUAUUGACCUCUCUACUCAGAAAUGUGCUAAUAGUAACCACUGGGAAAGCUAAUACAGCCCAGCCUUUUCCUUUCUGAAUUUCUCUGCUAACAGUCAAACCCAAAGUAAUGGCAGCAUGACAGGAUGUUUUCUGUUUUGGUUUCUUUGUUUUCUCCAACCUUUUAAUGUGUUGCCUCCUUUUCUACAUGUCAUUAACAAACUCAUCAAAAUCCAGAGACAAAUGGCCUCAUUACAUGAGAAUGUUUUAUUAUGCAUGUAGGGAAAAGAGCCAACCAAAGAUGUUUUUGCUCUGAAGAAAAGGAAAUGGACUAAUUAUAUUUUAUCUAUCACUAGGUCCAUUUAUUAAGUGCUGUCCUGAUAUAGAGAUUAAAAAGCUGAGCCAGGUGGUAGUGGUGCACGCCUUUAAUCCCAGCACUCGGGGAGGCAGAGGCAUGUGGAUCUCUGAGUUCGAUUUCAGCCUGGUCUACAGAGUGAGCUUCAGGACAGCCAGGGCUACACAAGAAACCCUGUCUCCAACAACCCCCACCCCCAAGAGAGAUUAAAAAGCAUAGUUUGUGCUUUUAGAUGUUACAUUUCUUUCAGGUUAAAAAUAGAAGUUGGCAACCUUAAGCAACACUUUUGGAUCAGGAAUAUGAUCCAGAGAAUCAAGCUUUUGUUUUGGUUUGGCUUUUUCAGUUCCUUAUUUUGAGGUUUUUAUUGAUGGCAUAUUUCAGAUUUUAGCCACAGAUCAUCCAAAUAAAUAUGAACAGUUUGGCUAUUUUACUUAAGGUGAGGAACAUAUGGCCUAAGCUAUAACAAAAGCAGUAUGAAACUGAAGUUAUCUUUUGGAAAACAAGUACCUCCUGGCUUCCAUCUGUACAGGCUACUGACUUAUGCCCGCCUUUGCCUUGUUUAGUCCCUGGGAUUAUUUCCGUGGAGCAAAAAAUGGACAUAGCAAUAGCUUUAGGUAAUGUUGCUCCCAAAUUAUACUACUGACCUUCAGACUUUGUGAAUUGCUUGAAAUAUUAAAAUCAUACCUAGUAAUCUUGCAUAGACUCAACAUAUUUGACUUUAAUGGAUAGUGAACAGAGGAGGAAAUUGGAUUAUAUCCAAUUCUACAUUAAGAUUUAGAGUUUUAAGUCACCUUCCAAUGAAGCUGUCAGCAGCCAUGCACUUAUCUCCAACCCUGGUACAUAAGCUGGCCUUGCAGACAAGAGCACGGCUACCUUUAGUUUUUUUAGUUGCAUGCUUUGCAAUGAAUGUUUUUGGUAAAAGUUGUCUAACAAGUUAAUCAAGGCCUAAAAAAAAGUAGCAAAAUGGUCAAAGGCCCACUGUCAUCAUUAUCCACUUUACAUUAUUUGCUCUAGCAUACAAAACCACUGUGUGCUGAUUUGGUGUUCUACAUGUGCAGUACCUCUGUCUGUUUCAUUCCUGGCCACUGGGAGAACUUGAGGGGCUUCAGCAGGUACCAGAGAUUUCCUCCCAGCCACAGAUUCCCAGGCUACUGUUUCUAUGAGUGCAUCCAUUGUACAAAGAAAAAGGUAUACAUUGCUGCAUGUUUUAUAAACCUAGACCAGAUAGCUAAGUCAUAAGAUUUUCUACACCCAAUAACCUUGAUGACAAACAGGUGCCUUUCUUCAAGGGCAGAAAAUUUUACAUUUCUAAUCUAACAUUAGGAAUUGGUAACAGGAUCCACAAUUUAGUGGCUUAAGGAACAAUGCAUCUUGAAAAUGCUGUCUUAAAAUACAUUUUUAGAUAAUCUAGAUUUAGCCUUGGAGAUCAAAGUUUUCAUAUUUUAAAAACUUGCUAGCUAGGUGUGGUGGCUCAUGUUUCUAACCCAGUACUUGAGGGAAUGAGGUAUAAAGAUGGAAGAGAAUCUGAAGCCAACCUCAGCUUCAUAGUGACUUCAAGUCCCCCUGGGCUAUAGUGUGAGAACCUCUCAAAAAAACAAAACAGAAACUCUGUUCUUUUUCAUAUGAUUUUUUAAGUUUUCAUACAUAUAUGUAUAUAUUGUAUGUUGAGUAUACUCCCUCUCAUUCUUUCAUAUCUGCCAAUAUGGCACAUCUUAAAAUUAUUUCUUCUUUCAUAUUCAUGCAAGGACUAAGUUGUUUACAUUCGUUUUUUAAAAAUUUGCCUAUUUCUGGUUUUGUGUUAGGAUACUGUUUCUGGGGAGAGGUCAUUUAGCACCUCUUUCACUGAGGUAAUAGGGCAGCUGCAACCAACUGUAUGGUUUAACUUUCUUGAAUUUGGUUCUAUAGACAAUGUGUUUGCAGAAUAGCUCUUUAGGAUUUAAUCCAAAUGCAUUAUAGGAUUACAGCAUGUAACUACACUGGUAGUCCUUAUAUGCCAACAUAUACCCAAGUUCAGAAGCCACUGUGGUGCAUAAAGACCUUAACUUCUUAGGGAAGGAAACUUAGGCAGUUCCACAACUUGGACAGCAUGGGAGUUGUGAUGCUUGGUAAGCACCAAGUGGUUAUUAAUGCACCCCACUUCCUGUCCUCACCAAAACUUUACAAAACUCUAGUGUAUACUGUGAGAAUGUGUAAGAAAGUGGAAACUCCUCAUAUUAUUGGGUAUUUGCCAUAUUUUGGCCAUUUCUCCAGAAAUUUAACACAAUCUCGGAGCCUUCAGAGUCUUGUUACCCAACACUGCUUGCCAGAACUGCAGGAAGAGAAGAAUCCGUAUAGUUCCUAGGUAACUAAUCCCAAGUAUGGGACAAGAACCCCUAUGCACUUAGAGGGGAUCUGGCUUUCAGUUAAGUUCUUCCUCUUGUCAGAGGAUUUGCAUCACAAUCUCAAGAUGCUAAAUGGCCAAGAUUUACUCAGUAACGACUUCAGUAGUUUGCUCUCCCACACUAGGACUAAUAACCAGGCUGGCCAAGGCAUGUUCAAGGUAAUGGGAUUAUUUUCCUCUAUUUGACUCAGACCUUGGCUUUAAGGAACCCUGUAGCAGAAGUAAAGUGGCAUUCCUUCCAUUGCCCCUAUAAUGUAACAAGUUUCUGCCUUCUCUCGUGGGUGUGAUAGUAUCGACACUAUAGACAGGUGGCUGACCACUUCUCCUGGUACCUUCAACCAGACUUUUUAGACCAACAACAGGAUGAAUGAGGCAGAUCUAACAGUGGUUAGAUUUCUCUAUAAUUUAAAAUUGUUUUGUAUUGUACACACAAUUGUUUGUUCAACUAAAGACAUUAGUAAACCAAGUUUUUAUGUAAACUAUUCUUGCCAUAUGAUACUUUUAAAAACUCCUAUAAAACAUGAUUUAAAUCCUCAAAAAUUCACUUGUAUAACAAGCAAACUAUGCCAGGUGUUUUUUGCUCAUCUACAGCAGUAAACAAGGCUACAGAGUUUAGCUGUGAUUUAUUUUAGAGUGUUUGAUGAGAAGAAAGCUUUGAGACAAAAACCUUUUUUUUUUUUUUUUUUUUUUGGUUUGGUUUUUCAAGAUAAGGUUUCUGGCUGUCCUGAAACUAGCUUUGUAGACCAGGUUAGCCUUGAACUCAGAGAUCCGCCUGCCUCUGCCUCUUGGAAUGCUGGGAUUAAAGGUGUGCACCACCACCACUACCAAGCCUAACUAAAAUAGUUUCAUUGAACUAUUAAUCAAUUAGUGUAAUUAGUUCUCUAAGUUAAAGACUUCAGAAAUUAAAAUAUAGAAAAUAAAGGAACUACAUCUUUUAAGACAAAGGAAAUGUAGCACAGGGCCACUCAGGACUUGGAAAUUGGAUUGGAUUGCCUAGACUUGGUGGUCAGUGUCUGUAAUCCCAGCAUUUAGGAGGUGAAGGCAAGAACAGAAGUUGAAGGUCUUAAUGUGCUACAUAAUGAGUUUGAAGCCAACUUGGGCUCCAUGAGACCCUGUCUCAAAAAAAAAAAAAAAAAAAAGCAAAAAACUUAGAUGAGAUUGGAUUGGAUGGGUUGAGUACAAAGAACAGAUCUGAUGAUCCAGGAUUGAGCCACCUGCUGUUCCCUGAAUUAGAGUUCUCAUUUCCCUUUUGACACCUUUCUUAAAAUAGCACCUAUUUCAUCCGACCAUUUAUUUACAAACUCCAAGCAAAGGAGGCAUGUCUGCUUUCGUGUUAGGUAUAAAUGUUGUAAGUUUAUUAGCUAUUAUUGGCAAAUGCCGUCAGAUUUAGUUACAACCUGAAUUCUUGUAUUGAACAAGACAAAUGAGUUAGAUUGCUUUAAUCCGUCUUACUGUCCUCCUCUUAAUGAGAUGAGAAAUUGCUCUCUGAAGUUCUUUUAAAUGUAUUGCACUGUAUCCCUUUCCCUCCACAUAGCUUCCCUUGAUGUGUUUUUGCUCAGGCAACCAAGGGCAUAGAGUAUUGAAAGAAGAACAUGGAGUGCUUUUGUAUAGGCCAUCUGUACAUAAAAGUGUAAUUAUUUAUUUAAUUUCCCCAUUUGUACCAUAUUAAAGCUUUGUACAGUGUUUUAAGUUCUGUUUUAAAAUUAUUUUGUAUUUUAUUUUUAUAAUCUAGUAAAUAAAACAUUCAGUACGCAUGCAAACGUUA